GCUCCGCUCGGUGAUUCCCGUUAAAUCCCGUUAAAUCCUGACCCUUUCGGUUCGUCCCUCCGUUUUUCCGGGCUGCUGCUGAACCGGGUUUUUGCUGCUCGUCUUUGCCGGGCUCACCCCACCCCACCCCCGGCCUACAGUGGACAGUCCGGUCCGGUCCGAAGAGCUGCUUUGGAUCCGGUUUGGACGCGGACCGAGGCGGAUCAACGGCGACAGACGGCGGCGGAUUUUCACCGAUUCCAGGCUUUAAUUCACACCGAGAUGAAGAACCGACAGUUGGUUUAAUAUAAUUAUCGAAUUUUUAUUUCAGAAAAUGUUUGACCUUCACGUUUAAACGUCUCUGCUAGAUUAAGAACCGAACCGAACCGAACUCGCUGAUCCAGAACAUGUGUUAAAGUACCACAACUACCGGGAGCCUGAGGCCUAAUGGGACCCGGACGUGGACCUGGACCUGCUGAAAGGACGAGGACCGUGGACUACAGGUUCCAUCUCAACCUUGGCCUUUGAAGGGUUUGUGGUGCAUUCAGGACAUGUCGGAUAAAACAGCCCCACGGUGCCAGCUGAGAUUGGAGUGGAUUCAUGGGUACCGAGGACAUCAGUGCAGGAACAACCUGUUCUACACAGCCGGCAAGGAACUGGUCUACUUCGUGGCUGGAGUGGGCGUGGUCUACAACACCCGAGAACACACCCAAAAGUUCUACCUGGGACACAACGAUGACAUCAUCAGUCUCGCUGUCCAUCCUGAUAAGAUCCAGGUGGCGACGGGUCAGGUGGGGAAGGACCCAUACAUCUGCAUCUGGGACACCUACGCUAUGCAGACCGUCUCCAUUCUGAGGGACACCCACACCCACGGCGUUGCCUGCCUUGCCUUUGACGCUGAUGGACAGCGUCUGGUGUCGGUUGGUCUGGAUGCCAAGAAUACCAUAUGUGUGUGGGAUUGGAGGAAAGGACGAGCUCUCGCCAUGGCAACGGGACACUCAGACAGAAUCUUUGAUGUGGUCUGGGAUCCAUUCCAGUCCAGUCGUCUGGUUAGCUGUGGAGUCAAACACAUCAAGUUCUGGACUCUGUGUGGAAAUGCUCUGACUCCAAAGCGUGGUAUUUUUGGUAAAACCGGUGACCUCCAGACCAUCCUGUGUGUAUCUACGGCUAAAGACGAGGUGACAUACUCAGGUGCCCUGAAUGGAGAUGUGUACGUAUGGAGAGGUAUCAGCCUGGUCCGGACUGUCCAGAACGCACACGGGGCGGGGAUCUUCAGCAUGCACGCCUGCGAGGAAGGGUUUGCAACAGGAGGACGAGACGGAUGCAUCCGACUGUGGGACAUUGACUUCAAACCCAUCACAAAGAUCGACCUGCGAGAGGCUGAACAGGGAUACAAAGGUCUGUCCAUUCGCAGUGUGUGCUGGAAGGCGGACCGGAUCCUGGCUGGGACUCAGGACAGUGAGAUCUUUGAGGUGAUGGUCCGAGACCGCGACAAACCAAUUCUACUGAUGCAGGGUCACAGUGAAGGAGAACUGUGGGCUCUGGACCUGCACCCUAAGCAACCGGUGGCCGUGACGGGUAGCGACGACCGCUCAGUCCGGCUGUGGAGUCUCCCUGAUCACACCCUGUUGGCUCGCUGUAACAUGGAGGAAUCUGUGCGCAGUGUUUCCUUCAAUAACGAUGGUUCUCAACUUGCUCUGGGAAUGAAGGACGGCUCCUUCACUGUGCUGCGCGUCAGGGACAUGACGGAGGUGGUUCACAUCAAAGACAGGAAGGAGGUGAUUCAUGAGCUCAAGUUUUCUCCAGAUGGAAACUUCCUGGCAGUUGGAUCCAACGAUGGUCUGGUGGACAUUUACGCUGUUGCCCAACGCUACAAGAAAGUUGGCGAGUGCAGCCGUUCGAUGUCGUUCAUCACCCACCUGGAUUGGUCGGUGGACAGUCGCUUCUUGCAGACCAACGAUGGUGCUGGCGAGAGGCUCUUCUACAGGAUGCCCACGGGGAAGCUGGUUCCAAAGGAGGAAGGGAAAGGGAUCCACUGGAUGACGUGGACGGGGGUCAUCGGGCCUGAGGUCAACGGUAUUUGGCCCAAGUACUCCAACGUGACCAACGUGAACUCGGUGGAUGUCAACUACAGCAGUGCCGUGUUGGUGAGCGGCGAUGACCUGGGCCUUGUCAAACUGUUCAGGUUUCCAUGUCUGAAGAAAGCCGCCAAGUUCAAGAAGUACAUCGGCCACUCCGCCCACGUGACCAAUGUCCGCUGGUCCAAUGACCUGCAGUGGGUCAUCAGCACUGGUGGAGCUGAUCAUGCCAUCUUCCAGUGGAGGUUUCUACCUGAAGGUGUCAUGAACGGAGUCCUGGAGCCCCUCCUCCAAGAGGGUUACGCCGACUCCAACAGCGGGGAGUCGGAUUCAGACGUGUCGGACGUUCCAGAGCUGGACUCGGACAUCGAACAGGAAGCCCAGACCAACUACGAGCGUCAGGUGUACAAGGAAGACCUUCCUCAGCUCAGGAAGAAGCUGAUUGGUUCCCUGAAGAGACAGAAAGCUCCAGAGGAGGGGCUUCGGCUGCAGUUUGUUCACGGGUACCGCGGCUUCGACUGUCGUAAUAACCUGUUCUACAGCCAGUCGGGGGAGGUGGUUUAUCAUGUGGCUGCUGUCGCCGUUGUCUACAACCGCCUGCAGCACAGUCAGAGGUUCUACCUGGGCCAUGACGAUGACAUCCUCAGCCUCACUGUGCACCCGCUCAAAGACUACGUUGCUUCUGCACAGGUGGGCAGAGACCCAGCCAUCCAUGUGUGGGACAUUCAGACUCUGAAAUGUCUGUCGUUACUGAAGGGUCACCACAACAGAGGAGUGUGUGCCCUGGAGUUCACAGCUGACGGGAAAAAUCUUGUCUCUGUGGGAAUUGAUGAGUUUCACUCCAUAGUCAUCUGGGACUGGAAGAAAGGAGAACGACUGGCCAAAGCCAGUGGUCAUAAAGAUAAAAUCUUUGUGGUGAAGAGUAACCCGUUCAGGAUGGACAAAUUGGUGACUGUAGGCAUGAAGCACAUCAAGUUCUGGCAACAUUCAGGGGGGGGUCUGACAUUCAAGAGGGGGAUUUUUGGUAACCUGGGGAAGCAGGAGACCAUGAUGUCGGCAUGUUAUGGUCGGUCUGAGGACCUGGUUUUCUCCGGAGCCACCAAUGGAGAUGUUUACAUCUGGAGAGACACAACACUCAUCAAAACCAUCAAAGCCCAUGAUGGCCCCGUGUUCGCCAUGUGUUCCCUGGACAAAGGCUUCGUGACCGGAGGGAAGGACGGCAUCGUGGAGCUGUGGGACGAUAUGUUUGAACGCUGCCUGAAGACGUACGCCAUCAAGAGGGCUGCCCUGUCGCCGUCCUCCAAAGGUCUUCUGCUGGAGGACAACCCGUCCAUCAGAGCCAUCACUCUGGGUCAUGGUCACAUCCUGCUGGGAACGAAGAACGGUGAGAUCCUAGAGAUUGAUAAGAGCGGCCCCAUGACGCUGCUGGUUCAGGGUCACAUGGAGGGCGAGGUCUGGGGUUUGGCGGCUCAUCCUCUACUUCCUGUCUGUGCCACCGUCAGCGAUGACAAAACUCUGAGGAUCUGGGAGCUAUCGACCAAUCACAGGAUGGUGGCAGUUCGCAAGCUGAAGAAAGGUGGGCGCUGCUGUUCCUUCUCUCCUGAUGGUAAGGCGUUGGCGGUCGGUCUGAACGAUGGCAGCUUCCUGGUCGUCAACGCCGACACGUUGGAAGACAUGGUGACCUUCCAUCAUCGCAAGGAGCUCAUAUCAGACAUCAGAUUCUCCCAGGAUGCAGGUAAAUACUUGGCUGUGGCCUCCCACGAUUCCUUUGUGGACAUCUACAACGUGUUGACCAGUAAGAGAGUCGGCAUCUGUAAAGGAGCAGGAAGCUACAUUACCCACAUUGACUGGGACUCCAGAGGUAAACUGCUGCAGGUGAACACUGGAGCUAAAGAGCAGCUGUUCUUCGAAGCUCCUCGUGGACGGAGACAGAACAUCAGUGUAUCAGAGUUGGAGAAGCUGGACUGGGCCUCCUGGACGUCCGUCCUGGGUCCAACCUGUGAAGGAAUAUGGCCAACACUCAGCUUCGUCAAUGCCACCUCACUCACCAAAGACCGAAAGCUGCUUGCCACUGGGGAUGACUUCGGCUUCCUCAAACUGUUCAGCUUCCCGUCCAAGGGCCAGUUCGCCAGGUUCAAGAAGUACGUGGGUCACAGCACCAAUGUGACCAAUGUCCGCUGGUCCAAUGAUGACACCGUGCUGCUGUCAGUGGGUGGCGCUGACACGGCGCUGAUGAUCUGGAGCCGAGAGCCACAGGGACACAAAGAGAGCAAAGCAGUGGACAGCGAAGAGUCAGACGACGACGUGGAGGAAGACGGAGGCUACGACAGCGAUGUGGCCAGAGAGAAGGUGGUGGACUAUGUGACCAAGAUCUACUCGGGAAAUAUCCGGAACAUGUCGGGAACCAAACCUCACCUGCAGCACAAAGAGCUUCCUAUGGAGGAGAGACCUCCAGUGAGCCGAGCGGCGCCGCUGCCGGACAAACUGCUGAAGAACAACGUGAGCAAGAAAAAGAAGGUGGUGGAGGAGCUGGUUCUGGAUCAUGUCUUCGGAUACAGAGGCUUCGACUGCCGUAAUAACUUGCACUACCUCAACGAUGGUGCUGACAUCGUCUUCCACACGGCCGCUGCUGUCAUCAUCCAGAACCUGUCAGCUGGAACUCAGAGUUUCUACCUGGAGCACACAGACGACAUCCUGUGUCUGACAGUCAACCAACACCCGAAAUACCAGAAUGUCAUUGCCACAGGACAGAUCGGUGACCUGACCGACCUGCCAGAGGCUGACGUGUCCGGCCUUGCUCCAGCCAUCCAUGUGUGGGAUGCCACGACGAGACAGACGCUGUCCAUUCUGCGCUGUUCCCACGCCAAAGGUGUCAGCUACGUCAACUUCAGCGCUACAGGGAAGCUGCUGCUGUCUGUAGGAGUGGAACCUGAACACACCAUCACAGUGUGGCGAUGGCAGGAAGGCACUAAAGUGACCAGUAAAGGUGGCCAUGCUGAGCGGAUCUUUGUGGUGGAGUUUAGACCAGACUCUGACACUCAGUUUGUGUCAGUUGGAAUCAAACACAUCAAGUUCUGGACUCUGGUUGGAGGUUCACUCAUGUACAAGAAAGGAGUGAUUGGCUCUGUGGAAGAUGGUCGCAUGCAGACAAUGCUGUCUGUCGCAUUUGGUGCCAACAACCUGACAUUUACCGGAGCCAUAAACGGAGAUGUGUACGUCUGGAGGGAGCACUUCCUGGUUCGAGUGGUGGCAAAGGCGCACAGUGGUCCAGUCUUCACCAUGUACACGACUCUGAGAGACGGACUUAUUGUAACUGGAGGAAAAGAACGACCGACUAAAGAAGGCGGAGCCGUGAAGCUGUGGGAUCAAGAGAUGAAACGGUGCAGAGCGUUUCAGCUGGAAACCGGACAACCUGUGGAGAAUGUCCGAUCGGUCUGCAGAGGAAAGGGUAAAAUCCUGGUGGGAACCAAAGAUGGGGAGAUCAUUGAGGUGGGAGAGAAGAACGCUGCCUCCAAUACCAUGAUCAAUGGACACACUCAGGGCGGGAUUUGGGGUUUGGCCACCCACCCCUUCAAAGACGUCUUCAUCUCGGCCAGCGAUGACGGGACAAUCCGAAUAUGGGACCUGGCAGACAAGAAACUUCUGAAUAAGGUGAGUUUGGGGCAUCCUGCCAAGUGCACCUGCUACAGCCCCAAUGGCGAAAUGGUGUCCAUCGGUAUGGAGAACGGAGAGUUCAUCAUCCUGCUGGUCAACUCGCUUACCGUCUGGGGGAAGAAGAGAGACCGCAGUGUUUCCAUCCAGGACAUAAGGUUCAGUCCAGAUAACCGGUUCUUGGCAGUGGGUUCAGUUGAAAGCGCAGUGGACUUCUAUGAUCUAUCUCUUGGACCAUCCCUCAACAGGAUCGGUUACUGUAAGGACAUCCUUGGGUUUGUGAUCCAAAUUGACUUCUCUGCAGACAGCAGAUACAUCCAGGUGUCCACCAGCUCUUACACUCGUCAGGUGCAUGAAGUUCCUUCUGGAAAGAUCGUCACAGAGACAGCUAUCAUUGAGAGGAUCACCUGGGCUACCUGGACCAGCAUCCUCGGUGAUGAGGUUCUCGGUGUUUGGCCUCGAAACACAGAGAAGGCGGACGUAAAUUGCACCUGCGUUUCACACGCUGGCCUUAACCUGGUUACCGGUGACGACUUUGGCCUCAUCAAGCUCUUCGACUUCCCCUGCCCAGAGAAGUUUGCCAAACAUAAGCGUUACUUUGGACACUCGGCUCAUGUGACCAACGUCCGCUUCUCCUGCGAUGAUAAAUAUGUGAUCAGCGCCGGUGGCAGCGACUGCAGUUUAUUUGUGUGGAAAUGCCAGUGAGGCCUGAGUCUUCUUCUACUUCUACUUUUACUUCUUCUUCUACUUCUACUCCUCCUGUGAUGCUGCACUCACCUCUGCUGCUGCUUCACCUGCCAACAGGAAACAGGAAGUGAGAAGUCACCUUAUCCACAGACAGAUUGGAUGACGGCCACCAUCAUGACAUGUUGUUUUCACGUGUGUUUGUUGUAGAUUUGUGUUUGCCGUUUGCGUGUCAGAAUGUGCCUUUUCACAAACUCUGACCAAACAUUUAAUACGACUUCCUGUCUAGUCGUGGUGCUACGAAGUGUGACCUUCAGGGCUUUGAAACAUGAUGAGGAUGCAAUCGAGUCUAGUCCGAUGAAAUUAAAAUAAGCAAAGAUAGAAGAUUAUCAAAAUAAAAUGUCAAAAUUAAAAAAAAAUCCUACCUCAAAAUAAUAGGAAUCAAUGUUAUUAAAAGUCUGAUACGUAGAAUUGAUAGUUACCUGAUCUAUGUGGUCAGAGGUCAUUAGACAAGUGACAGGUGAAUAUUUAGUGUGAACUGUGUAGAAGUAAGGACUUUUAGCAAGUUUGUGUCCACAUGAUGGCGCUGUUCCGUGUCUUCUAUAGAAUUUAAGCUUUGAAACAUGGAUUUAAAGGGAAACGCCAAUAAAAACAACUUUCAUCUUUUUGUUUCUGUACAGAAACUGUCAGCUAAAGCACUGAAUACAUGGAUUAUUGAUCAGGGCUCCUGAACAUGGUCUGCUCUGCUGCUGAAUGUUUACAUGCUGUGAACACUACAAACUGAGUUUUCUAACUAUGCAAAACCUUUAUUGUGAAACAAGCAGCAGGAAGUGGUUAAACUGAAGUAGUGGGGGAGCGUUGUGAUUGGUUGAAACGCCUUUGAGCUCAGUCAGUCAGCGGGUGAUCAUUUCAGAUGUUAAAUGGUAGCAGAUAUGAGACAAGACAACAUAUUAAAAAAAAAAAAAAAAAAAGCGAAACACGUAAUGAAACAGACAUGUGAGUUCUGGAUUCACUUGUUUUAUUUAUUGUGGUUAAAUGUUGUAGCCAGUGUAUGAAAUGAAAACUUGAUUCUUAUUCAACAAGAUGAAGCAUUUUAUGUUUUAUCUGAAAAUGUGACCACAAGAAAAUAUGUAUCUCAAUAAUAGUAAUUAUGAAAUUAUAUAUUGUGAUAAGUACAGUUUUAUUGUCCAGAUCUAAAUGAUCCAUUAACAGAUGCAUGUUAGCUUAGCCUAGCCUUCGUAACAGCAGGAAAAUGUGUGGGAAAAAAACAUGUCAGCACAUCAGCUGUAACGUGUUUUAGCAAAGAGAAUUUAAAAGAACACAGGUGUGUGCAUCAGACUAACACAUAACAUGAAAACCAGUUCUUGUGUUGGUUUUAAUGGUUAAUAAUUAACCUUUUACUGCCAGCGUUUGUGCUAAGCUAGGCUAACACUCAGCUAACGCCCUGAAGCGCAUCAUGUCUGACAUGUCAACAGGAUAUUUAGUUUCAUUUACCUGCUCAUGUCAGACAUCAGUUUAAUACCAGUCAAUUCAUAUGAAAAUAUUAAAGUUUACUGAGUUCUAAAGUCAGAUAUAAUGUGUUUAAAGUGUGUAAUGAGAAAAAAAUGUUACAUGGAUAGUCCCUACCUGAUUAAUGGAUUACUAGUUAUGUAUCAUUUUAAAGUUUGUACAUUUUUUAAAUGUAAUUUUUAUUUAUUCCAAUAUCUAUUUAUCCACAUAAUACACACAUUUUUACAAACAUGUUGGGACAUUUUCUAAAACUCAAUAAAAGCUCAAAUGUG